AUGACGUGGUCACAGCGCGUAACCUCUGUCAGCCGAGUGCUGUGAAAUAAACAAGACGAUGUUGUCAGCUGCCAGUUUCCCUGCGCUGCAGCGCUAAACUACAGAACAGAGCACAUUAGGAGACGUUGGAUACGGUCUCCGAAAAAGUUUGUGACACACUGUUGUUCGAGCUCUUUGGUCAACCAAGUUAAAGAGUGGACCGUAAACACUGCCAUGCCUCUGCUGUUUCUGGAGAGGUUUCCUUGGCCCAGCCUGCAGACCUACACAAUACUGAGUGUAGCUUUGCUUGCUGGGAGCAUCAUUAGUGCCUACAACACUGUGACGGAUCCAGGCUUUGGGCCCCUGGAACCAGACGAAACACCAGCUCCUCAUGAAGUGGACCUUAAAUAUCUAAAUAAUGAUGUUAGUAACACAGAAUUGGCAACUACUGUUCUGUGGUAUCUUGCCACUGACAGUCUCUUUGUAUGGGUGUUAGUGAACACAUUUUGCUGCUCUUUGAUGUUAAUUGCAAAAGUGAUUCAGUAUGUGGUGUUUGGCCCACUAAGAGUCAGUGAGAAGCAGCACCUGAAAGAUAAAUUCUGGAAUUUCAUCUUCUACAAGUUCAUCUUCAUCUUUGGUGUAUUGAAUGUGCAGACAGUGGAGGAGGUGGUCAUGUGGUGUUUGUGGUUCUCUGCCCUGGUCUUUCUACAUCUCAUGGUUCAACUCUGCAAAGACAGAUUUGAAUAUCUGUCAUUCUCCCCCUCCACUCCCAUGAGCAGCCAUUUGCGAGUGCUCUGUCUGCUGGUUUGCCUUCUGUUGAAGUGCUGUGCCCUGGCUGUGGUCUGUGCUCUGCUGGGAGCUUCCCAUGGCAUGCACACACUCUCCUUUAUGGGAGCAGAGUGUCUUCUGGUAACUGUACGCACUGGGCAUGUCAUUAUGCGGUACUCCAUUCAUCUGUGGGAUCUAAACCAUCCAGGGACUUGGGAGAGUAAGGGGACAUAUGUCUACUACUCUGACUUCAUCAUGGAGCUGGCUAUGUUGUUUUUGGACCUCAUGCACCAUAUCCAUAUGCUGCUUUUUGGUAAUAUCUGGCUGUCCAUGGCAAGCUUGGUUAUCUUCAUGCAGCUACGGUAUCUCUUCCAUGAAGUCCAGCGCCGCAUUCGUCGACACAAGAAUUACCUUCGCGUCAUCAACAACAUGGAGGCCAGGUUUGCUAUUGCUACUCUGGAGGAGCUGGCAGCAAAUGAUGACGAUUGUGCCAUCUGCUGGGAUACCAUGACGACAGCACGGAAACUACCCUGUGGCCAUCUCUUCCACAACUCCUGUUUGCGUUCAUGGCUUGAGCAGGAUACCUCAUGCCCAACAUGUAGGACAUCUCUGAACAUUAAUGGGGAUGGAGUUCAGGCAAAUGGUCAGCAGCAGGCCAGAGGGUUGGAAGAAAACAUUGGCCCAGUAGGAGCUGCUCCAGAUGCCAGACCACAUAUUAAUCAACACAAUCAUUUCUUCCACUUUGAUGGGUCUCGCAUUGCCAGCUGGCUACCCAGUUUCUCAGUGGAAGUAAUGCACAGUACAAAUAUUCUGGGCAUUGCUCAGGCUAACAACUCCCAGCUCAUGGCCAUGGCCCAUCAGGUCCAGGAGAUGUUUCCUCAGGUACCCUCUUACCUGGUAAUGCAGGACCUGCAGCUGACUCGCUCUGUGGAAGUCACCACAGACAACAUACUGGAGGGACGCAUCCAGGUGCCUUUCCCGACACAGGCAAUAGAACGUGGCUCUAUACAGAUGAGCCCUGCAUCAAGUGAUCAGGCAGGACCUAGUGGAGAAGCUGAGCAAAAUGUCAGCGAGCUAGACAACUUGGAGGUCAGAGGAGGUCGCUUCUCUAAGUCAGCUGAGGAAAGGCAGAAGAUGCUUAAGCAGAGAAAAGAAGAGUUGCUACAGCAAGCCCGCAGGAGAUACUUAAACAAAGGUCCGGAGGACCAGGAUGAGGAUUUGCCUAGACUGGAGGAGGACGCUGUCCCAGAAUCGGACUCAACUGUGCUCAGACGUAGAACCAUGGCAGCAGCUGCAGAGAGACGCAUACAAAAUCAGCAAGACACUUUACCCUAAAUUAAAAACCUGGCUUCAGGUAAAGAGUCUACCAACAUUGACAUCAUAGCACAAAUGGUGCUAUUUUGGCCAUCCCCGAUUGUUGUAUAUCAGUAGUCUUCACCUCUUCAAAACUUUCACAAAGUAUCGCAAACACCGUUUUGGGCUGCCUCAGUAAGGUCGGACUGCUGUGAGAAGCAUUUGCAUCCCUGAUUCAAGCCUCAGUAUUUUGAGUAUUAUUAAUUGAUGGAUGCAAAUCAAGCAAUGCUGCAUUGCAUUGCCCUAUAUUCUUGUGCCACACAUUGCAACCACCAGCUUCAGUAGAUAAUGUGUAUCUGCUAUGAUUGAGACUGACUGUCAGAAAAAAAGCAUGCUUUGCAUUUUUUCGGGCCUUGUUGGUUUUCCUUUUAUCAGAUCACAUCUGUAUCACCACCAAGCACCAGGACUUGGUACAACAAUUUAGGGACAAAGGCCUGGCUAUUUCUGGUGUUGGUGGGCUAAAGGGGCUUCCCGACGAAAUGUAAGGUGCGCUCACAUCCUUGGGGAUUGUAGAAAGGAAGAAGAAGGCAGUGGCACACAUGUCGGGAGAGUGACUGACCAUUAUUACAGACCUGUCUGCGGGAGGGUGUCAAAUUAUGACUGACUGACAGCAAGAACAUCUGUAGUAGAUGUAUUCAAGUUGAAUUUCAUUGAAUCUAUUUUAAUGGACAAAAGGAUGGACACUGUGCAUUAUGUGAUUUCUAUGAUUGCUGAGUAAGGAAAGUUUGGGCUGAGAUGUGCAUGAAUCUAGACAAUUGCUUUUUUUUUUUUCCACUUUAUAGUUAAGAGUAGCCCACAAACUUCCACUGAAAGCUGAAUUGUUGUGAUCUUUAUUCUUUGUUUUUGUUUUUUAUUGUUGAAACUUGUUUGGGGUGUUGUAAUAAUAAGGAAUUAGAUUUUAGUUAUUUUAAGUAAUGGAAAGUUUGUUUUCAUUUUCAAUCUGUCAUGAAUUAAUUUACAGGUUUUAAUGUUUAUGAUUUGUUUUCGUACAUAUGGUUUAUCUUUCAUAACCAUUUCUUUCUUAAUCAGAACUGAAAUGCUCUCUGGACUGAGCUUUCCUGUAUGUUUGUGCCUAAAUUAAAAAUUGUUCAGUUAUGGAGAAGUUCUGUAAAUCUAGUUUUUGUAAAAUAUGUUAAUACAAAAGAGUCAAUAAACGGCUUCUAUGGCUUUUUAGCUAAAGACCAUGACAACUGAAUCUUUGUUUGAGACUAAUCAAUGUGUGAGUGAUGAGAAGAUAGCAAUUGUAUUAGGCUGUUUGGCUGAGAGUCGUGCAUAUAAUUUGGCCUCUGUAAUACUAUUUAAUCUCCUGCUUUUUCCUGUAUUCAGCCUACACGAAAAUGACAAUUUAAGAAAAAGAAUAAAAUAGAAAGCAAUUAACAGGAAGAGCAGGAUUUGUCAUUCCUGUCCGUGUUUCAAAAUAAAGUCUUGUUUCAUUUGA